CCCUCCCCCUGCCGCCGUUGAAUGCCCUCGGUCAAGGAAGAGCAGCCAUGAAAGGCUUGUCGGGCAGCCGGAGCCACCACCACCACAUGGUCGCCUGCGCGCCCUCCUAUGAGUCGCUGGCUCACCACAGUGACCGCAAGCCCUUCUUGCUGACCCAGCCAGAGCCCCUGCCGGGGGACCACCCGUACUACAGCCAGCGGGCUGCCUUCCCACAGGAGUGCCCUGCUCCAUAUGGCACCUUCCCGCGCCGCUAUGGCUCCCACCUGGAACUUAAGGAAGAAUGUCAGGCCCUGGUUCCGUACGUGGCGCCGGCUCCACCAACCCCGACUAGCCGAGCCCCCUCCAGCCUCCUGGACCAGCUGCCGUCCGCACGAGAUGGCUACCACACGCUGCAGUACAAGCGGGCGGUGGCCGCAGCGGCCGAGCAGCGUGGAGACAGCCCCGGCCGCAUCCGUCACCUGGUGCAUUCGGUGCAAAAGCUGUUUACCAAGUCACAUUCUCUGGAGGGUCCCACCAAGGGGGGCGUCAACGGCAACAAAGCGGGCCCUGACGAAAUGCCCCCCACCCGCCACCGCAAGCGGAGCAAGAGCCGGGACCGCUGCAAGUCGGCUGAGCCCAAGCUGCGGCCCCACGCCUCAGGCUACUGGAGCUCCGACGACAACCUGGACCGUGACGCCUGCCUCUUCCGCAGCCCCAUGGGCGCCAUGACGGUGGGCCGGCGACCUGACAAGUCGCAGUCGCAGUAUUUCCUGGAGGCAUACAACACUGUCAGCGAGCGCGCGCUCAAGCCGCCACGCCCCAACAACGACGUCAAGUGCACGACCUGCUCCAGCACCCCCAUGAACCUGGACACCCAGCUCGUGAAGAAGAGCUCGUGGUCGUCCACGCUAACGGUGAGCAGGGCGCGCCAGGUCUACCAGAAGGUCCCCAUAAACGUAGAUAAAGCAUUAAUGAGGUCUGAGCCCUGUGGCCAGGAGAGUUCGUGCCACUUCCUGCAGGUGCCCCAGGAUGAGUGGAGUGGCUUCCCGUCGAUUGGCAAGGAUGACGACAUCCCAUGCCGGCGAAUGCGCAGCGGCAGCUAUGUGAAGGCCAUGGCAGACGACGACAGUGGUGAUUCGGAGGGCAGUCCGCAGCCCUCGCCCAAGGUGCAGGCGCGCCGGGCCAGCUACCUCAAGGCCACACAGCCAUCGCUCACUGAGAUGACCACUCUCAACAUCUCCACGGAGCACUCCCCCAAGCUCCAGAUCCGGAGUCACAGCUACCUGCAGGCGGUGAGUCAAGUAUCCAUUAACAGGAGCAUGGACACCCUGGACCCCAGCAAAGCACUGCUGGACCCCAAGAGCCUGCUGUCCUCACCCCAGUACCGCUCGCGGAACGAGAGCUACAUGAGGGCCAUGAGCACAAUCAGCCAGGUGAGCGAGGUGGAGGUGAACGGACAAUUCGAGUCGGUGUGCGAGUCCGUGUUCAGCGAGCUGGAGUCGCAGGCGGUGGACGCACUGGACCUGCCACUGCCAGGCUGUUUCCGCAUGCGUAGUCACAGCUACGUGCGAGCCAUCGACCAAGGCUGCUCGCAGGACGACGACUACCCCUUGCUGCAGGCUGCCUCACCACCCCGCACGGCCACCACUGUCCGGACCAUCCAGAGCAGCACAGGUGGUCAUAAACAAGCGAUGGAAGUGGGUGUAGGAGUGUCGUCAUGCAUCACGACCUACAAGAAGACCCCGCCCCCUGUGCCACCACGCACUGCCACCAAGCCCUUCAUCUCCAUCACGGCACAGAGCAGCACUGAGUCGGCGCAGGAUGCGCACCUGGACGGGCCCGGUGCACGCGGGGAGGCCAUGAUCCAAUCGGGCCUCAGCAACUCCACGGAGAGCAUCGACAGCAUGAAGGCGCUGACGGCGGCCAUCGAGGCGGCCAACGCGCAGGUGCACGGCCCCGCCAGCCAGCACGUCAGCAGCAGCACCAUCGUCACCAUGACUGCCGUCAACGCCGCCUUCGCUCAGACCCCCGAGGACAGGAGGGAGGCCCUCCGCAAGAGCAAGUGCCUCUCUAUCGGCAUCCAGGUGGACGGUCCUGACGACGUGGAGGACUUGGAUGAUCACAAGUUCCAGUCAGUGGGCAUCCAGGUGGAGGAUGAGAGAUGCUACCGGCGGCUGGCUCGUUCCAACAGCGUGACUGCGGCGGUACAGGCGGACCUGGACACCAGCGAGGCAUCGGACGGCGCUGCGGACUCCCCGAUCCCGGAGCCGCCCUCCUCCGCCGGCCUCUCGCGGCAGUACUCACGGGAAGCCACGACCUCGACGGUCAGCAUCCAGGGCUCGGGGAACCAUUACCAUGCGUGUGCUACAGAUGACGACUACAUGCACGUGGGCUUCGAUCCAUCCAUCCUGCCGCCACACCCCUGGAUCGACAGCGUGACCGAGGACCUGGAGAGCGUGCAGAGGGCUGCCUGGACCGUGCAGCGAGACGGCCGCUGGUUCCUCAAGCUACUCCAGGCCGAAACCGACCGCAUGGAGGGCUGGUGUCGGCAGAUGGAACAGGAGGAACAGGAGAAUGACCUGCCUGAUGACAUUCUGGGGAAGAUCCGGAGUGCAGUGGGCAGCGCCCAGCUGCUCAUGUCUCAGAAAUUCCAGCAAUUCCAGGAGCUGUGUGAGGAGAAUCUGAACCCAAACACCCAUCCGCGGCCCAUGUCGCAAGACCUGGCUGGGUUCUGGGACAUGCUGCAGCUGUCGAUCGAGAACAUCAGCCUCAAGUUCGACGAGCUGCACCAGCUGAAGGCCAACAACUGGAGGCCACUGGAGCGUCCGGAGAGGAAGGAGAGGAGGGUUCCCCCUCCCGUGCCAAAGAAGCCCCCGAAGGCCCACCCCCCUCUGACACGCGACAGGUCCCUGGAGAGCUCUGAGCGGCAGCGCCUGGAGGCUCGCAAACGCCUCCUGGCCGCUAAACGGGCCGCAUCAGUGCGACAGAACUCAGCCACCGAGAGCGCGGACAGCAUCGAGAUCUACAUCCCUGAGGCCCAGACCCGGCUAUGAGCGCUACCACCGCCGAGCCAUUGCAGGGAGCAGAACGCACACACUCACAUGCGCCCGCGGCAGAGAAAUCACGUUCAUAUCCAGAGAAAGUGUCUCCACACACCUCUGUUUCCCUUCACUAAAUGCACACGUCUUUGGACCGGAGGUUUAAAUCAGGGUAAGGCACUUUUUCUUCAUAGGAUCCUCAUAGCCGCACAUCCGCAAACACGCAUCUCGCCCAGAGAGGGCUGAGGGCUAGAUGCAUGCAUUAACGGCCUGUCGGAGCGACGAGGGACGGGGCGGUGACACCUGCCAGCCGUCCUGCUCUCUCUCCGUGCAGCCGUGGCGUAAAUGUUCUCCCUGGAUGAGUUGUUCGUAUCCCUGCCUCUUUAGCAGAGCCUGUCACCUUCGGCACACUCACGUAGCCACAUGAAAAGUACACCAUAACUAGCGCGCACAAAGACGAAACCACCCCCAUCCUGACGACGGACCGCAGAGUGUGCGCACGCACACGUGUGUGUGUGCGCAGAAGACUGCUGAAUCUCCUGGCUUGGUCCUGGGGUGCAUGGGAAGAGGACUGUGUUCUGCGGGCUCCCAAGGACCGACCGGAGAGCCCGGUUCCAGAGGCCCGCCAGAACUAUCCAGCGAGUCAAGCCGUCGCCAUGGCUGCCCUCAGUGGACGAGAACGGGCAGCUGGCUCCCGGAGGCACAGGUCGCUCUUGGGCACGGACACACACGCAUUCCCGCCAACCCUCACUAACUGCGUUUUUUAUUUCGGUGUGGCUGGAGGUACCAGUGCAACACGGGCCACCUAAAGCAAUAUUCUCCUCGAAAGAUGACUAUCAAGAACAUCAAACAAAUGAGGCAGGCAGCGAAAUGAAAAUACCGUGAUGCUUAGGAAGAACUGUGGGGGUGUCGACGGUCUUAAACAUUAUACGCGAUCUAAAAGGAUGCCUUCAUUAUGCCGUAGCUAUUUCCGUUCGUUAAUCAUACAUAAGCUUGUUAUUGCGAAUGCUUUGAAGAGAAUUAUAUUUCUCUGUAUUAACACUGCUGUAGUCAUCUGUGGGACAAAAUAUUCUUAAAUGCUUAUUAUAGAUGAAAGUUUUUUUGUUUUGUUUUGCUUUGUUUCUUUUUUUUGUAAAGUCGGGUAGGGAGUUUUUGUGGAUCUGUUUGUGAAUCGAUGAUCUUUUUGGGGCUCGAAUGAGUUUCCCGCAAAAGAAACUAACCGGAACAUGAAAUCUAAAAAGCAAACGAAAAUACGAUACGAAACGAAAAAAAAACAGUCAUGAAAUGCAAACGGUUUCAUCAUCUUAUUUUCUUAAUGAAGUCUUUCCAGUUGCUAGUGCAGGGGCUUCAUUUUAAUAGUGAUCUCUUCGGGGUAACCUUCACCGGCGGAAGGUUGCUCGGUCACCAGGAUCCUUCCUGGGGGGGGCGUGGAGCUCCGGUCCUCCUGAUCCUGCCCACAUCAUGGUGGGCUGGUUUGGGGGUAACUCUCAGGUAGAGAUGGAGGAACAGAUAGCACAGCAAAAUCAGGGUCUCCCAAAAGGAAAAAAAAAAAACAAAAAAAAAACAAAAUGUGUGGUGUGUUGCGUUUCCGUGUGCGUGUGUGUGUGUGUGCGCGUGUGUGUGUGCGCGCGCGCGCGUGCGUGCGUGAGUGAGGUACGGCUGCGUCUCUCAAAGUGCUUCCUGAUUUCCAAGGUCGAUAUACUGGCCAGUGUUUUUUGGUCAAGCAGCCUCCAGGACAUAGAGCAGAACAGACCAGCGGUCUCACGCCUUCGUGUGAAAAAUGGGGAUUUGUGUUUGUACAAUGAAAUCGGAAGAAGAUUUGAGCAUGUAGACACAAUCUGAUUAAUAUAGGCUUAGAUCUAAAUUGUGUUUUGUUAUUAUUAUUAUUAUUAUUAUUAUUAUUAUUAUUAUUAUUAUUUCCAGUGAACUAUUUGGAUUCCAUUUAGUGUUUUGCUGUCCUGAUCUUGUAUAUCAUAUGACACAGCCAUUGUGUGUGCAAACUUAUGAUAAACACACUGAAUAAAGAUUGAUUUAUUUAUAUAUCUAUUUCUUCAUUAGUGUAUUUUAUAAUCCUUUCCUCUGCCCUAACCAUGCCGGCGUGUCGGACCAUCAUAUCACUCCUCUGUGGCAGGAACCAGGCUGACCUCCCCCCCCCGGGCAAUGCUCCCUGAGCCCCAGGCCCGCUGAGCCACCAGCGACAAGCUCCAGGGCUCCCAGAAUACCCAGCUUUGGCUGGGGGGCAGGAAUGCAGAAUGGGGGCACGUCAGGGGUUUCCCUAUUCGUGACGCAGGUGGAUGCGGUGUGGGGGGAGGGGGCAGGGAGGCCACCCCCUCAAUGUGAGAGCACUGGAAAGCGACGGACCACCCCCGUGUGCCUCACAGAGCAGCAACUCCAAGUUCAGUGGGGAUUCCACACUGGCAUGAGUAACUUUCUGUGGAGUCAACAGGAGUCAAUACAGACUUUCUUAGUCACUAUUAUUGGGUAAAUGAGGUACAUUUCAAUGUAUAUUAUAACUACCAUUUCAGCCAAUAUAUGGCUCUAAUUAUGUCAAGAUAUGUGUGUGAACCCUCAAGGACCAAGGGGAACUUGUAUACAAAAUAAUGUCUUUAAUCAUCGAUUAACUUUUUAGAACUCACAAUCUUCUCACUCAUAGUUGACUCUGGUAAUGUCAAAUUUGUAUAUUUAACUAGUUUCAUCCCAACCAAAAUAAGGAACAUUUUUACUAAAGACAGUUGCUUUGUUUCCCAAACACACUCCCUUUACACAUCUAGUAAUGAAUAUUUGUAUUUUUAAAGUACUUUCAUUUUUACAUCAGGCAACCAAGUGAUUUAUUACUUUAAAAUAUACGAAUGCAAUUUCUGACUUGCUCAUUUGAAUUGUCUGUAAAAAUUUCAAGUUAGACUGCAAAUCGGUGGAUUUUUUCUGUUCUAGAUGAGGAGUCCCAGGCUGUGAAACAAUUAGUGCUCGUCUGCGGUACAUUAAAUGCUUGAUCAAUUCUCUGCCUUAACACACAAUGUAGCAGUCAGACACAGAAAGGUCCGGGGACGCGGACGGAGAAAAAUUGUUGUUUAGGAAACGGUUUUCAAAGAAAUUUAGCUAGAACAUGUUUCUUCUUGCGACCCGUUUGAUGCAUUUGACUUUGACAGCUCGCAUGUUUAACUCAUCUUGCUUCACUGGGAAAACUACUGGGAUUCACUGACUUGGCUGAAAUGUGUUUAAAAGCUGUGGUGAAAUGAAUAAAAAUGUUCAAUUAUCACUUGAACAGGGGGUUAUUUGCUUUAGUAUGGAAGCAUCAACAGAACAGGAACUGUUUUAUGACGGAGGACCCCCGCACCUCCGGUCACACAUUUCAGUGACGUGUGUACAUUCUCAACAAAUUUCAGCUAUUUUGUAUUUUUAGAAUUUACCGCCACCUCCGUAAUUCACUUCUACAGGCCUUUGUGAAUAAAACUACAAAAGAAAACAAUUUUCUUGCCAGCUUGAUAGACCUAAACAAUUAGUUGUUUUUUUUUUCCAAAAUUGUGAAGGCCACACUAUUUUGUUGAGAUUUACAAAUGUUUCAAAGGCACUUGAAUUUCACAAUGUGCAUUUUCACAUAAUAAUGUGUAUUUUGCAUAUCAAAAUAUUGAUUUGGCUUCCCUAGGUUGAAGUAUGUAAACAAAGAUUUAUUCUUUAAGGUGGGCCAGUUGGUAUGGUCUCAAUAUCAAGGCGUCUUUGCAACAACGACAUACCAAAACAUUCAAAUUGCAAAAGAAUCUGUUGUAGAGAAAUUUCAGGAGUUUUAUGUCCUCAUGCUAGAUGAGUUUGUAUACAUGGAGAUAAAACAAGUCGAAAUGAAUAUCUGUACAUAUAUGAAUGUUUCCCAAUGUAAAAAGUAAUUAAAUCAAUAUUUAUCAAGCCUA